CUGGCCCGAGGACCCUCGCCGCCCCUCCCAGAGGCGCCUCCUCAGCCAGGCGCGCCCUGCCGCGGGGCCCGGCGUACUGCCGCCGCGGCGGCAGCCAUGGGCGUGGGCGGCAGCCACGAGCGGCCCAGCUCGACCGCCGGGAGCCUCCCGUCCAGCCCAGGGUCCAGCGUGGGCCCGCAGUUUGAGGACGAGCUCGCCCGCAUCCGGCGCGGCGAGGCGCAGAACGCCAGCCUCACGGGCCUGCAGCUGGGGCCCCCCCAGGUCGAGGCGCUGUGCCAGGCGCUCGCCUGCACCGAGGCCACCAAGGCCCUGCAGCUGGACCAGAACCAGAUCGGCGACGAGGGCACCGCUCUCCUCGCGGACGCCCUCGCGAGGGACACUUCGGACACGACCAGCAUCAACUUCCUGGACCUGUCCGGCAACGGCAUCGGCGACGCGGGCUCCACUGCGCUGGCCGCCCGCCUGGGAGGCAACUGCGCGCUGCGCCACCUGGACCUGGAACGACGUCAGCGGCGGCGGGGGGGUGGCCCUCGGGAGGAUGCUCACCGUGAACAGCGGGCUCAGGCAGCUGGCCCUGUGCGAGAACCCGGUGGGCGCGGCUGGCGCUCGGGCGAUCGGCCUGGCCCUCUCAGAGAACUCGUCGCUCCGGAUCUCGAUCUUGAGCCUGCGCGCCUGCGGCCUCGGCCCAGAGGGGGCCGAGCUCAUCGCGCAGGGCCUCCGUAGCAACACGGCCCUGGUGGAGCUGUCGGUCGGGCUGAACGGGAUAGGAGACGGCGGCGCGGCGGCGUUCGCCGAGGUGAUCAGGAUGAACCGGUCUGUCAAGGAGAUCUACCUCGACGACAACGGCGUCGAGGGCUUCGGCGCAGAUCUGAUUGCGAAGGCACUGGUGGUCAACGACUGCCUGCAGACACUCUGGCUGGUGAGGAACAGGCUGCACCUCGACGUGGUGGAGAAAUUCGCCCGGAUCGUCCCGCAGCAUCCGUCGCUGAAGCGCCUUGGCAUCACGUGCACCGACAGGCUGCCUGGAGGCUUUGCCAACAGCAUGAAACAGAUGCAGCACGGCCGCAAGCAGGACUCGGAGCAGCGCGCGGAGAAAGCUGCGCCAGUGCCGCAGAUGCCUGAGGAGUGUGAAGAGUUCCACGCUUGUGACAAUGACGAGCCUCGGGCAGCCAGAAGAAGCCAUGUUGCAGAGCGCAGAAUCAACGGGUCAGUGCACGACCUUCAUGACAAUCCACUACUUGAUUGUGACAACGACGAGCCUCGGGCGAGAAGCAUCAGGUCGGAGGAGUCAGUCCAGGAGCUCGCUGCCACUGGACAUCCUGGCUGCGCUGCCAGGGAAAAGCGCAGCGUCAGCCGAGAGGCAGCGCCGUUCCCUUCGCCCAGCAAGGCUCACCAAGCAGCACAGGAAAGGAUGGUGCAGCAGCUUAUUAUGUGGGACAAUACUAUCGAGAUCGAAGAUCUGCCCGAAGUGCAUCAGUUGGAGGCCAUCCCGCCCAUCGAUGUGUCCGAAGAUUGA